AUGUGAGACACCUGUAUGGUGCAUCACACGUCUUUUGCAUGAUUAGAUUUGAGUGGAUGUUAAUGCAGAUGUAAAUAAGUUUCUUUUAAUUGUACUGGGAGAAAUUAAAGAGCAUCUCAAUUUAAAGAGAUCUUUUAUUGGACGUGUGCACAUGCUUGCUUCAGUCUUCCUGUAUUUCUUGCUGCUUACUGAGGAAGGUUUUUCUGUUGGAUCUAGUUUCUAGCAUCAAUACCUGAACAACAUCGCAGACUCCUGCAGGAGACACAGGUCUGACAGCAUGCAGUUCUUAUUUGAGUUUCUAUUCUCUCCACUGCCCACCUCAGCACUGGUGUUCUUGUUUGGGCUUGGUACAGUCGCUCUGACUUAUCUCAACACCAGGCCCAAGCCCCUGCAACCCCCUGUCGAUCUGAAUAGACAAACUGUGGGCAUUGCGGGUGGAGCCAGGAAGAAUGCAAUUCUAAAAGAUGACAACCUAAUAUCCUAUUUACAUGAGGAUGCUAAGACUCUUUAUGAGGUCUUUCAAAGGGGAAUACAUGCCUCAGGAAAUGGACCUUGUUUGGGGUACAGAAAGCCUGGGAAGCCGUACCAAUGGCUAAAAUACAAACAGGUUUCAGAUAGGGCUGAGUACUUGGGAUCUGGACUUCUCCACAGAGGACUGGAGCCCUCGACAAAAUCAUUUAUUGGCAUCUUUGCUCAAAAUCGACCAGAGUGGAUUAUCUCUGAGCUGGCCUGCUACACAUAUUCAAUGGUGGCAGUUCCUCUGUACGACACGCUUGGACCUGAGGCACUUGUCUUCAUCAUUAACAGAGCCAAUAUAUCUAUUGUACUUUGUGACAAGCAGGACAAAAUGGAAAUACUUCUCGCUAACUGUGAAAAAGGUCUUACGCCUGUCCUCAAAACUAUCAUUGUUAUGGACCCAUUUGAUGCUGCUGUGACAGAACGAGCAUCCAAGUGUACAGUGGAAAUCUUAAGUCUGAAGGAUGUUGAGGCUCUGGGAAAAGAUCAUCUUCGAAAGCCAAUUCCACCAAAGCCUGAAGACUUGAGUAUUGUGUGCUUUACCAGUGGGACUACUGGUGAUCCAAAAGGAGCCAUGUUAUCCCAUGAAAAUGUAGUGGCAGAUUCUGCUAGCUUUGUUAAAAGCUUUGAGAGUGCCUUCACACCACUUCCCGCUGAUGUGUUGAUCUCGUUCCUGCCGCUGGCUCACAUGUUUGAAAGAGUGGUGCAAACAGUGAUCUAUGGUGCGGGUGGAAGGGUAGGCUUCUUCCAAGGAGACAUCAAACUGCUUCCUGAUGACAUGAAAACCCUAAAGCCCACAGUUUUCCCAGUCGUUCCACGCCUUCUAAAUCGUGUAUAUGACAAGAUUCAAAGUGGGGCCCAGACUCCAUUCAAGAAAUGGCUCCUGAACUUUGCUGUUCAAAGAAAACACGCAGAGGUGAAGAAGGGCAUCAUCAGAAACAACAGCAUAUGGGACAGGUUUAUCUUCCACAAAGUGCAGGAAUCUCUUGGGGGAUCUGUGCGGGUGAUGGUGACAGGUGCUGCUCCCAUUUCACCUAGUGUGCUCAGCUUCCUUAGAGCAUGCCUCGGUUGCCAGAUAUUUGAGGCAUAUGGCCAAACUGAGUGCACAGCUGGCUGCACCAUCUCCCUGCCUGGAGACUGGACUGCUGGGCAUGUUGGAGUACCUGUUCCAUGUAAUGUGGUCAAGCUAGUUGAUGUUGAGGAAAUGAAUUAUUUAGCAUCUAAUAAUGAAGGAGAGGUUUGUAUAAAAGGAAAGAACGUGUUCUGUGGAUACUUGGGUGAUCCAGAGAGGACAGCUGAGGCCCUCGACCAAGAUGGAUGGCUACAUACUGGAGACAUUGGCAAAUGGCUUCCGAAUGGAGUUUUGAAGAUCAUUGACAGAAAGAAAAACAUUUUCAAACUGGCACAAGGAGAGUACAUUGCUCCUGAAAAGAUUGAGAAUGUUUACAUUCGAUGUCCUUCAGUUGCUCAAGUAUUUGUUCAUGGGGACAGUUUGCAGUCCUGCUUAGUGGGUAUUGUGGUACCAGAUGCUGAGAUACUGCCUAGUUUGGCUGAGAAGCUUGGAGUAAAGGGUUCAAUGGAAGAAUUGUGUAAAAACCAGCAAAUUAAGAAGGCCAUCCUCUCUGACCUUGUAAAGAUGGGCCGUGAAGCAGGUCUCAAAUCUUUUGAACAAGUAAAAGACCUGCAUCUCCACCCUGAGCAGUUCACUAUAGAGAAUGGUCUUCUUACGCCAACACUUAAAGCUAAAAGAGCUGACCUUUGCAAGUUCUUCAAACAGGAGAUUGAAAAUCUUUAUGCUAAACUGCAGUGAUGCAUCAACAAAGGCUAUAUAGAUUACAUUCCUGUGACUUAAAAAACAACUCCAAAGGAAUGUAAACCAUCAAGCUUAGAGCACAAGGUAUAGAGAUACAGUAUUGGUUUUAUAUCAAAGCUAAAUUUGCUUGUCUGUGUCCAUUAAGCCUUGUUUUUGCUCGAACGUACAGUACAUGUUAAUGUGAAAACUCCAUUGUCUACAUAAUCUCCAUACACUGUAACUGUAAUGUUUGUGAGAUUUCCCUGGAACAUAAUUUCAAAGCAGUUCCUGAACCCUAUAAUGGAACUAAAAAGUAGUUCAUCUGAGCUCAGUUGUAACAGGAUUUUGUUAUUAGAUAUAAGGAAAUGCAUUUAUAACACAAAUACAAAUUUUUGCCAUAUUUUAAAAUAUAUUUAAAGACACAGGAAUUUCUUAAUAAAUUUGUUCUAUGUUUAUCUAACUUUUGAAAUUCUAAAAUUAAAUUUUAAUUGUUGUGUUACCAUAGUUUUAACAAAGAUGAACAGGAAAAUGCAGUUUUUUAUGUACUCAU